AGGAGGCCGGGCCCGGCCCUCAGGUCUGGGGUGGGGCUUGGAGCCGGAACGGGUUAGCUGGCAGCGGGCGACGGCGCCCCGGCAGCGAGAGCCGAGCUAGGGAGUGGCACUUCGGCAGAAGUUCCCUUCGAGUGCGGGCUGCUCCAACUGGUCUCGUCCUCCCGCGCGCCCAGCUUCCGUCGAUCCGCCGCGAUGCCCGUCAAGGGAGGCACCAAGUGCAUCAAGUACCUGCUCUUCGGCUUCAACUUCGUUUUCUGGCUUGCCGGAACAGCUGUUCUCGCAAUUGGGCUAUGGCUUCGGUUUGAUUCACAAACAAAAGAUAUUUUUGAACAAGAUACCAAUUCCAAAACAUUCUUUAUUGGUGUUUACAUUCUAAUUGGAGCUGGUGCACUCAUUAUGAUUGUUGGUUUCUUGGGGUGUUGUGGAGCAAUACAAGAGUCCCAGUGCAUGCUUAGUUUGUUUUUUAUUUUCCUUCUCUUGAUUUUUGCCCUUGAAGUAGCUGCUGGCAUCUGGGGAUUUGCAAACAAGACAAAGGUUGCUGAAGAAGUUAAGAAUUUUUAUGAUUCAGUAUAUAAUAAGAGAAAUGAGGCUACUGCUAGAGAAACUCUGACAGUCCUUCAGAAAGCAUUAAACUGCUGUGGCAAAGGUGGAGCCAUAGAGGCGACAUUUGAAAAGACCUGUCCUGAACAGGACAGUCUCCAGGAUACUAUUACAUUACCGCCAUGCCAUUCAGCCAUUGAUGAUUUCUUCGCCAAAAAGCUGAACGUGAUUGGAGGAGUUGGCAUUGCUAUUGGUAUAAUUAUGAUAUUUGGCAUGAUUUUCAGUAUGAUCCUUUGCUGUGCUAUUCGCAGAAGCCGAGAAAUGGUCUAAAGCCUCUGCACUGGACCUCAUCCCUCCCAUACAAGAAUUUUGCGUUUAUUAACCUUAGCAUUCUGAAAGGCAUUUCUGAAGUUAUAUAUAUAUAUUUUUAAUUCCUUAUUUGGUACUGAUGUUCUUAGUUUUUGCUAAUUAUGUUUAUAAAAGCUUAAAAGGAAUCUACUAUUGAAAAGUUGCUAUAUUUGUUAAGCUAAAGUCCAACAACUUGUAUAUAAGGGUUUUUGUCUCUAAAUUGAUGUCUAGCUUUAUUCAGACUUACAAAGGAGAUGUAAUUUAUGUUGGAGAAAAUUUGAUACUUAAUAAAGAUUUAAGACCAUAUAA